ACGGAAGUCAAUGCAGUGCACCGUCCUGUGUGUAAAAGUUACUGUUCAGAAUUUGUUAUUUCGCUAUUUUCGUGAAACUUCAUGAAGGAUAUCUGUGUUUAUUGUAAAGAUGUCAGAAGAGGUCUUGCUGGCUCGUGUGAAGGCUUUGGAAGAGGAGGUGGGGAGACUGAAAGCUCAGCUGAAAGUAGAGAGAGAUGGAGCUGGGACAGAGGAGAGAACUGAAGCAUCAGACAGCUUCAAACAUCAGAAAGGUGAAGAGAACAGAUCCAAACAGAAGAAACGAGGAGCAGAAAGGCCCUUUGACUUCUCUGCCCACCCUCGCAGACAUGUGGCACUGAGGCUGGCAUAUCUCGGCUGGCAAUAUCAGGGCUUCGCUGUCCAAGAAAACACAGACAACACCGUUGAAGCCCGGCUUUUUGAGGCCCUGCUGAAGACUAAACUGAUCCAGGACAGACAGACCUCCAACUAUCAUCGCUGCGGCCGCACAGAUAAAGGAGUCAGUGCUUUCUCUCAGGUUAUAUCCAUUGAUCUGCGCUCCACGCAGUACAGAGGAGGUUUAGGUGUGACUGUCCCGGCUGACGUGGAGGUCAAAGGCAAGGCUUCUGCAGAAGAAUUACCCUAUGUGAAGAUCCUAAAUCGAGUCCUGCCACAGGACAUCAGGAUACUGCAAUGGGCCCCUGUAGAAAGCGGCUUCAGUGCUCGCUUCGACUGCCAGUCCAGAACAUACAGAUACUACUUUCCUCGUGGAGACUUGGAUGUGGAACGCAUGGCAGAGGCUGCUAAACGAUAUGAGGGAACACAUGACUUCAGGAACCUGUGUAAGAUGGAUGUUGGUAAUGGAGUCUUGCAGUUCCAAAGGACCAUCUUGUCUGCCACGGUCCAGCCAGCCCAACUCAACCCCACCUGUCCUGACGACCCCCACCAACUCUACGUCUUCCAGGUCAAAGGUCUUGCUUUCCUCUAUCACCAGGUUCGCUGCAUGAUGGCUUUGCUGCUGCUGAUUGGACAGAAACUCGAAGCUCCAGAAAUCAUUGAUCAGCUGAUGGAUGUGGAGAAAAACCCAAGGAAACCUCAAUACAGUAUGGCGGUGGAUUACCCUUUGGUUCUCUAUGACUGCCACUUCGAGGGUGUAAAUUGGAGGAAUGAAACGGAGGAGGAGAACCACGUCCUGAACUCACUGCACCAACACUGGGUUCAGAAUGCAGUCAAGACGCAGGUUCUGCUCGGCAUGAUCCAAGGCCUUCAGAACACAACCACAGAGAUGACUUCUCUGCAGUGUUGGCUCAUGGAGGGGUCCAGGCAGAAGAAGUACCAGCCUCUUCUGGAGCGGCCGCGCUGCCAGAGUUUGGAGUCCAGGAUCCAGCACUUUGUAAAGAGGGGAAGACUGGAGCAAGAAGAAGGAGAGAACGGGGAGGAGACAACCGUUUUCAGGGGGAAAAAAUCAAAACAUUCCCAUCUGACGAACACAAACCAACUCCAGGAGCAGAACCACAGAGCAAAAACUGAGGAGAACUUACAGUUAUGAACCUUUGUUUUCUGCUUUGGCUUUUAGUGUGUACAGAAUGAUUUGAAGGCAAAACAGAAACAUGUUUCUUAUUUUUUUUCUUUCCCCCUAAUAUUCUACCUGCCCAAAAAUAAGGCUUU